GGAGGCGGCGGCGGCGAAUUCGUUCCGAUUUGGGGAAAAAAAAAAUAAAAAAUUCGAACCAAACCUAUCCAAAAUCCCCAUCUCGCCACCAUCUGCAAACUCGCCGCCGGCCACCCCGCCGUCGACGAACCCCACCCAAACCUCGCCGGGGAACCAGUCCAAGCUCCGUCCAACCAUGCGGAAGAACUUCCGCAAGCGGAACCUCGAGGCGGACGCCGCCGCCGACCACUCCGACGACGACGACGCCCGCCGCGUCGCCCUGGAGGAGAUCAAGUACAUGCAGAAGCUCCGGGAGAGGAAGCUGGGCAUCCCCGCCGCCGCCGCCGCAGCGGGCGCGUCGUCAGCGGCUUCUGCCGACGGGGCCUCCCCCCGCGGAAGAGGCGGCGGCGGAGGUGGGUUAGCGGCCGGAGGGGAUGCCGAGAAGGAGGACCUCGUCCUCCAGGACACCUUCGCGCAGGAGACCGCCGUCACCAUCGAGGAUCCCAACAUGCUGAGGUAUGUGGAGAACGAGCUGUUGAAGAAGAGGGGCAAGAAGGUUGAUGUGAAGGACAAGGAGGAGAAAGACCAGGUCGAUGAGCUCUACACUGUGCCAGACCACCUCAAGGUUAGGAAGAAGAACUCGGAAGAGAGCUCAACGCAGUGGACCACUGGCAUUGCUGAAGUUCAGCUGCCUAUUGAGUACAAAUUAAGAAACAUUGAAGAGACCGAGGCAGCUAAAAAGAUGCUACAAGAGAAAAGGCUUGCCGGUAAAACAAAAUCAGAUGCUAACAUUCCGUCGAGCUAUAAUGCUGACUUUUUCCAUCGCGGAAAAGAUUACACCGAAAAGUUGAGAAGAGAGCAUCCUGAACUGUACAAAGAUCAAGGUUCACAGGCUAAUGGAACUGGAGGUAAAUCAAUGGGUGGUAACCAUCCAGAUGGUGCUGGUGCAGGGCGGAGAGAAGCUGCUACUGAUGAGUUGUUGCUUGAGCGUUUCCGCAAGCGUGAAAAAUUCCGUGUCAUGCGCAGAUAACAUGAAAUGGAAUAGGAUGCUAACUUAUGCUAUUUCCUUUAAAGGGCAAGCGUGUCAGUGUGACCACAUGAUGGCCCUCUAUACAUCGGUUGAUUUUGGCUUUUGCUUCUAAAGCCAGUGUCCAUGGCUCAUCAUGUUAUAGGCGUAUCUUCGAAGCAUUUGGGAAAAUUGGACAGGUCUUCAUGAAACUGAUCAAUAUUGUUCUGUACUGAGCAGCAAUCCAGGAUCUCGUUUCUCUCUUUUCUUUAAAACUGCUGGUUCAACCAUGGAUAAAUUGCCAAUGAUCUCAGAUAUGCCUUUCCAUCCCGAUCCUGAGGCUUACCUUCCAUGCUUAUCAUUUCUGCUGCUUACACAACCACCUUGCGGCUUGCACCUUAUUACUGAAAAUUUCCUGGAUAUAAGCAAGCACUGGCAAUGUACCUUAUGUUAUAUUUUCAUCAGAAACACUCAGCUUUGUUGAUGUUGCCCUUCUGAAACAAGGAAAAGCUGUCAGUAAAGAAGUUGUUAAUUUCUGCUCCGUGCAUUGAUGUGACCUUGCAUAAUUUUUUGAGCCAUCAUUUGUUUGGUACAUUAUGAUUAUCGCUGUAUUAAUGUUGACCGGCUAUUUUGCAUCUAUAACUGGAUUGGAUGGCGUAAUGCUUGUAGUGUGCAAGCUGUUAGUACAUAUGUUAGGUUAAGAGAAUGUGGGUUUGUCACAGUUCAGAAAUAUUAUGUCAUUUUAGCAUGGUUGCAUGUCGUAUUUGAGACCGUACUGAAGUUGAGUUGGUGAAUCAUCCAUUCUGUAA